GUCCAAACUGAAAUCCCAAAUUCCCUUCUUUAUCACAUGCUCUGCAAUAAAUUUCUCCAAAUCCUCAUCUGGGCUCUCUCUCUCUCUCGACCUUUUCCUUAAAUUAGCAACUUCUAGUUCAGCUGUUAUAUAAUUUCUGAUCCAAAAUUCUUUUGCUUUCUCAUCUUCUGAAAUUUAUUAUAUUUCAGCAUAAUCUUCAUAAGUUCCCAUUUGCAUUUGGGUCUUUUCCAUUCCUAGGAAUAUUCAACUUAUGUUCUACUUCUGAGUUUCUGAUCCAAACCCGUUUGCUCUUAUUCCUGCAAUUUCAGCAUAGUUGUAUUUGAGCAAUAACAACAAAUGGGUAAGUGUCUAAGCAAAAGCAAAGAUUCAGAGCCACAAUAUAACGGUUACAGAUCAGGAGGGGGGGCUGGGGCACACUACCAGAAACCUCAUGAACCUGUUGCUCACCAACCCAAAGCCUCUGCUCAGCAAGCCCGCCACCAGUUACCUGAAAAACGUGGGUCGGCAGCAGCCCAGCAAGAACCCCAACCAGCAUGGAAGCCAUCUGUUCCAGUCAAGAGCCCCAAACCAGUUUACAGGCCAGACACAAUUCUUGGCAAACCAUUUGAGGAUGUUAAGCAGCACUACACUAUUGGUAAAGAAUUGGGUAGAGGUCAAUUUGGUGUGACUUACCUAUGCACUGAGAAUUCAACUGGCAAUAAAUAUGCUUGCAAGUCAAUCUCAAAGAGGAAGCUUGUCACCAAGAAUGACAAGGAGGAUAUUAAGAGAGAGAUUCAGAUUAUGCAGCAUUUGAGUGGGCAGCCCAACAUUGUGGAAUUCAAGGGUUGCUAUGAGGACAAGCAAUCUGUGCAUGUUUGUAUGGAGCUGUGUGCAGGUGGUGAACUCUUUGAUAGAAUCAUUGCCAAAGGUCAUUAUAGUGAAAGAGCAGCUUCUUCAAUAUGCAGGGCAAUUGUUAAUGUUGUAAACAUCUGUCAUUUUAUGGGGGUGAUGCAUAGGGACCUCAAGCCGGAGAAUUUCUUGCUGUCUAGCAAGGAUGAGAAUGCACUUCUGAAGGCUACAGAUUUUGGGUUAUCAGUUUUCAUUGAAGAAGGGAAGGUGUAUCGUGAUAUAGUUGGGAGUGCAUACUAUGUUGCUCCUGAAGUACUGCGACGCAGAUAUGGCAAGGAAAUAGAUAUUUGGAGCGCUGGAGUUAUAUUGUAUAUUUUACUGAGUGGAGUGCCUCCAUUUUGGGCUGAAACGGAGAAGGGGAUAUUUGAUGCCAUAUUGGAGGGAGAGAUUGACUUUGCAAGUUCACCGUGGCCAUCUAUAUCAAGCAGUGCCAAGGACCUAGUCCGGAAGAUGCUUACACAGGACCCUAAAAAACGAAUUACUUCAGCUCAGGUUUUAGAGCAUCCAUGGAUCAAAGAAGGUGGAGAAGCGUCAGACAAACCCAUAGACAGUGCAGUGCUUUCUAGGAUGAAGCAGUUCAGAGCAAUGAACAAAUUGAAAAAACUUGCAUUGAAGGUUAUUGCCGAAAAUCUUUCUGAAGAAGAAAUCCAUGGGCUGAAGGCAAUGUUUACAAACAUGGACACUGACAACAGUGGAACCAUCACUUACGAGGAACUGAAGUCAGGAUUGGCUCGACUUGGCUCUAAGCUUACAGAGGCUGAAGUCAAGCAGCUAAUGGAAGCUGCGGAUGUAGAUGGGAGUGGAGCAAUUGACUACAUUGAAUUCAUCACUGCUACAAUGCAUAGACACAGACUAGAAAGGGACGAGCAUCUUUUCAAAGCCUUUCAAUAUUUUGACAAGGAUAAUAGUGGUUUUAUCACAAGAGACGAGCUAGAAUCAGCAAUGAAAGAGUACGGAAUGGGUGACGACCAGACAAUUAGGGAAAUAAUAUCUGAAGUUGAUACAGACAAUGAUGGUAGGAUCAACUACGAGGAGUUCUCCACGAUGAUGAGAAGUGGAACGCAACCGCAGGCCAAGCUAUUCUAGAGUUUAUGAUUACAUUCUCUGACUGCUGCAAACCAUAAGUUCCACUCUUAGAAAUAUGUGUAAAUUCAGGGGGACUUUGAACCAUAUGAGUGGGUAAUAGCUUCCAAUUGCUUUCCAGCAGUCCUUGAUAGUUACCAAUGAAGCCUUUACUUGAAUUGGUUUCGAGUUACAAGCGCAUAGAGCCACCAUCUUUAUUUAUUUUGUAUUCAUCUUUGUUUUGUUGACUUUAUUUUAGUAUGUUGAUAUUUCGAGGAAUCAACGAAGAGAAAGCUAUUUAGUUUUA